CUUAAAACCAAGCAUUUAUGGAACACUGAUCAACACGCAUCGCAUAAUAGUCGCCGGAGCGAAAGUUGAAUUUGUCUUAUCCAACGAUGGAGACCUUAUUGGAACAACAGCGUCGGUAUCAUGAGGAACGAGAAAGACUAACUGAUGCGAUGACAAAAGAAAUGCUUCAUCCUGCAAAACCGGGCCGAGAACAAAUCAAUUCUGAUCACAGACUGAGACAACUGCUUGAUAGAUAUGAAGAAGGAACAUCAGAAUUGAAAGAGCUGUAUGAAGACAAAGAUGGAUUAAGGAAAGAGGAAGUACAAGCUUUAUCAGGACCAAAUGAGUUUGCAGAAUUUUACUCCAGAUUAAAAGGAUUGAGAGACUUUCAUAAAAAACAUCCCAAUGAGAUCAGUAUACCUAUGUCUGUGGAGUUUGACGAACUAGCAAAAGCCAGAGAAAACCCAGCAGAUGAAGCACAGAACAUGGCUGAUUUUGCAGAUGAGGAAGGCUAUGGCAAAUAUCUUGAUCUUCAUGAGUGCUAUGAGAAAUAUAUUAAUUUAAAAGGAAUUGAGAAAAUAGAUUACCUGACAUAUAUGUCGACGUUUGACCAGCUGUUUGAAAUUCCAAAGGACAAGAAGAAUGCAGCAUACAAAGAUUAUUUGCUGUUUAUGUUGGAGUACCUGGAAGAUUACACACAGAGGGUGCGACCCUUACUGGACAUCAAUGAUGAAAUGGACAAUGUGAGACUUGAGUUUGAAGCACAAUGGAUUGAUGGAAACUUCCCAGGCUGGCCUAAAGAAGCAACAGGUGCAUUGGCCCACACUGGUGCCCAUUUAGAUCUGUCUGCUUUUUCUUCCUGGGAGGAGUUGGCGUCCCUGGGAUUGGACAGACUGAAAAGUGCUCUGAUGGCAUUGGGUGUGAAAUGUGGAGGUACCUUAGAGGAACGUGCAAUUAGAUUAUUUAGCACAAAAGGCAAGAAUUUAGAAGAUCUUGACCCUGCAUUGUUUGCAAAAUCAAAACCUGGUCGAGCAGGAAAGAGUCGAGAUACGGAGCGACAGAGGGAGAUAGCCAACCUUGAGGGUCAGGUGUACAGGUUUGCUGAGGUACUCGGGGAACAGAGGUCAUCCACACGGGAUAAUGUACAGAGAAAACAGGCACGGACAGGAGAGGAGAGAGAGGAGUCGGACGAUGAACAGUAUGCCGAGUCAGACUCGGACAAUGAUGAUGAUGAUGUGCCAUAUAACCCAAAAAAUCUGCCACUUGGGUGGGAUGGAAAGCCCAUCCCUUACUGGUUGUACAAGUUACAUGGUCUGAACAUCAGCUAUACCUGUGAGAUAUGUGGAAACUUCACCUAUAAGGGACCAAAGGCAUUCCAGCGACAUUUUGCUGAAUGGCGCCACGCCCACGGAAUGAGGUGUCUAGGAAUUCCAAACACAGCUCACUUUGCCAAUGUCACACUAAUAGAGGAUGCCUUAGCUUUGUGGUCAAAAAUCAAGUCGACAAAGGAAACAGAUAGAUGGAAGUCAGAAACAGAGGAAGAAUAUGAAGAUACAAGUGGCAAUGUAUUCAACAAGAAGACAUAUGAGGAUCUGAAGAGACAGGGCCUGUUAUAGUUCUGUGGCAUCAAUACAGGAAUGGGAGUACAGCCACAUGUCAGCUCGUACAAACUGUAUGUGGAGUGGAUAUGAUGUGUGGGUCCAUUUAAAUACAGACAAGAAUACCUGGCAGUGUAAUUUAUAUAUUUCCAGGUGCAAAUUUUCUCUGGUUUCUUCACAAUAAAAAAGUUGGGUCAUGAAUAGUACUGCACAACGUUUCUUUAAAUGAGCUGGUUGUCAACGUCAUUGCAGCAUUCUAUAUUAAAGUUUCUGUUUCUCAAAAUAUAGCCAUGUUAGUAUGGACUGCUCCAGAAUUAAUUAUUAACACAGAUUAGUUACAGGUAAUCAUUUCAUUUAAAAAUAGGAGUAGUCGGAUAUUCUUUACAAAUUGAUAUUAUAUCUCAUUUAAAGACUUUUUAAAUGUUGAUGUGUUUAUUACCUUACACAUCUCUGGUAUCACCGAGAUUUGGUAUAGCCCUUUGAAAAAGAAAUAUCUGACUACCGAGAAUCUUUUAAAAUAUAAAAAUUCUAUUGAUGCAGACAACUGACCAAUUAUAUUACAGUUAAGAAAUGUAUGUCAGAAAAUGUAUAAUAAUGACAAAUUAUUAUGACAAAAUCAUGAAGUUAAUCAUUUAAUUCCGUCAAUCAUUGUUUGGCAUUCAAAUCAUAGCAUACAUGUGAAAAAUUGUUUCUUCAUUAAAUUGCCAUCAUCAAGC